AUGGCUUGCACCGAGGACAUGGCUGCUGCGGCAACUCCGCAAGCCAACAGCAUACCACCCGUUGCAGAGCAAGGGCGUGAAAAGGUUGCUCCCCCAGACGUGGCCACCGAAAGAACAUCUGAAAUACAGGUGGAGAAGAGCCCGAACGACGAGCGGGCCUACCGUGCGAUGGAGCUACCAAGCGGCAUUACGGCUAUCGUUGUCUCGGACCCGGACACCAAGAUCUCCGCCGCGGCGAUGGACGUUCACGUUGGCUAUUUCUCUGACCCAGAUGAUUUGCCAGGCCUGGCUCAUUUUUGCGAACACCUCCUGUUCCUUGGCACCGACAAGUACCCGGACGAGUCGAGCUACGAGGCGCACCUCAAGUCCCACGGAGGGUCGUCGAACGCCUACACGGCUUCCGAAGACACAGUGUACUACUUCAACGUAGCCUCGGACCAUCUCGCCGGGCCCGACGGAGCGCUAGACCGCUUCGCCCAAUUCUUCAUCGCACCACAGUUCACCGAGUCCGCCACGGAGAGGGAGCUAAACGCCAUCGAAUCGGAGAACGCGAAAGAUCAGACCUGUGACUACUGGCGGCUCCUGCUCAUAGAGAAUUCCAGGGCUAACCCUAAGCACCCUUACUCCAAAUUCGGUGCGGGCAACCGCAAGAGCUUGCUGGAAGACCCGGCAGCGAAGGGAAAGAAUGCCCGGGAAGCCCUGUUGCCCUUCUUUUAUGCGCAUUACGCCGCGAACCAGAUGACUCUUGUCGUACUGGGCAAGGAAUCGUUGUCGGAGCUGCAGCAGGCUGUCGAGGAGAAGUUUUCUGCUGUGCCCAAGCGCGGCUGCGGGCUCCGGCCGUCCUCGGCGUGGAUCGGAAAAGUGAAACCGUUUCUCGACGACCGGGCGAAACCGUUGCAGGCUUUCAAUGUGGUCCCGGUUAAGGACUUGCGCUCAUUGGAGGUUUCGUGGACGCUGACUUUCGACACCUACGAAGAAAGAAAGGAAUACCUCGACGCGGCGCCGUUCAGCUACAUUGCGUACGUCGUGGAGUACGAGGGUCCUGGAUCGCUCCUGUCGUACCUAAAGGGCAAGGGCUGGGCCAACGCGCUUAACGCCGGGUGCUCGGCCUCGAACGACGACUUCACCAAUUUCGAGAUCUCAGUCGAUCUGACGCCGGAGGGCCUGCUGAACCGCUUCCAUGUCCUUACGGCGAUUUUCAGCUACCUGGACCUCAUGCAGAAGGAAGGCAUCCCGCGGUCCCUGGCUCCCGAGCUCCGGGUAAUGUCCGACCUGGGCUGGCAGUUCCAGGACAAGAUCGAAGCGGACGCAUUGGUCAACUGGCUAGCACCCAACAUGCAGAACUACAGCAUGGAAACCGCGAUAAGCGGGCCGUGUCGGCUGCAGCGAUACGACGAGAGCUUCAUACACACCCUGUUGAACUCCCUGAGGUCGGACCCGCCAGCGGGGUCGUCUUUGUCCCGUCCCCGGGUCACAGUAACGGCCAAAGACUUCGAAGAAGCUGCCACGGAGAGGGAGAAGUGGUUUGACGUCCCUCACCAGGUGGAGAGCCUUGAAGCGUACACCGAGGAAUGGAAAGCACCUCCGGCAAUUCCGGAGUUCAAGCUCCCGGGUCCCAAUCCGUUCAUUCCCGAAGAUGUGCGGGUGGUCGUGCCGGAGGGAAAGCUCCCAAAGCCGGGAGAAGCGAUUGAUCCGCCCACGGUGGUGGAAAACCUCCCGAACGAUGGCGUGUGGAAGGUGAGGCACAAGCUCGACGACAUCUUCGCGCAGCCCAAGGCCCGCUGCAAGUUCCAACUGGUCAGCCCCGCAGCCUUCGAGAGUCCCCGCACCUGGGCUGCCCUGGACCUCUUCGACAGUUGCCUCAACGAGCACCUCACCGAGUACACCUACGACGCGCUGACAGCAGGCCUGAGCUUCAACCUUAGCGUGAACACGAGGGGGAUCGGACUCUCCUUCCAAGGGUACGGGGACAAGAUGCCCGAGUUCAUCGACAAGGUCGCGGAGGCGGUGGCGACGUAUACCCCCAGCGAUCCGGUCGAGUUCGAACGCCUGCGGGACGUGCUGCGGCGGCGGUGUUCUAGCUUCGACAAUGAACAGCCCUACCGGCACGCCAUGGCCAACGCGGACGAGGCAACGGAGGACCCGACAUAUACCUUGCGAGAGAUCGGAGCAACGCUGGACUCGAUCGAGCUGGCUGAUCUCCGACCCUUGGCGUCUCGAGUACUGGCGGAAGCGGAGGGAGUGUGCCUCAUGCAGGGCAACCUUCAGAAGGAAGACGUCCCUAGGUACAUGGAAGGCGUUCGCCGUUGGUUAAAACCGACCCCUCUACCGGAAGACAAGCGCCCGGAGACGAAGAUCGUGAGGUUGCCGCAGACGCCGAAGGGGUGCGGGAGCUUGCUCCGUAGGCCCGAGGAAGACGAAUCUAACGACAAUUCCGCCGUGCAACUGCUGUUUCAGGUUUCAGACCGCAGUCUCGAGUCGCAAAUGUUGGCGGAGGUGCUGAUGGCGACCAUCGAAGAGCCGUUCUACAACUCCUUGAGGACCAAGCAGCAGCUUGGAUACAUGGUGUUUUCGGGUGUUUCUCGCGUUGAGGGAGUGCGUUUCAUGUACCUGACCGUGCAAUCGGCCGAGCGGAGCGCUCCCUAUCUCACGGACCGAUGUUUGGAAUUCGUGCAAGAAUUCAGGCAGCAGCUGGUGGAUCUAACCCCCGGCAAGCUCAGCGAUUUUGUUCAGGGGCUGGUGAGCCGUAAGCUCGAGCCGGACCACCGCCUAUCCUCCGAGGUAAACAGGAAUUGGGGAGAGAUCGUCACCGGGCAGCUAAAGUUCGACCGUAGGAGGGAAGAAGUGGAGGCGCUGAGAAAGGUUCAGGAGGAGGACUUGCUACGCUUCUUCGAAAGGCAUCUCCAAGAGGGCGGGGAAGACCGGCGGCUGCUGACGUCAGAGGUCUUUGCCAAGAAGUACGAGAGCGACAUGGAACUCCCCGCGACGGAGGCGAUGUUGGUGUCAAACGCCAAAGAGUGGAGGGGAGCCCAGGAAAAGUUUCCGAUUCGGAUUCGCCUCGCAUAGACAAAUAAAGUUCAACGAAGGAGUGCGCGUGCACAUGUCGGCACGACGAACGAACGGGUUGUAGGGUAGGGUUCAACACACCGUAUUGUACCAACCUUGGUGUCUGUGUCUCGUACCAACGUGUACAUAAAUUAUCUGUGUCUAGCAUUGGUGGCCGCAUAAAUUUGAGUGGCCGCUGGUUGAUUUGCACGAAAUGUUCUGGUAGGCAUAUUGAAUGGAACAAUCUUCUCCACCGAUGGAGGAUGGGGAGGGCAGAGGGCAUGCAGCAACAAGCUUUGGCCGAAUUGCUUUUGGUAAACGAAAACAAGUUUCGCGAAUCCCUUUUUCUCGUGGGGGAAGGCUUACGGAUUUAGAUGAUAGUUUGAGCGAGCGGUCACGGGUCGAGCAAGCGGGCACAUGCAAGUUGAAUGGUUCAACAAUCAAGUUCGUUUUUGUU